GCCCCUGCGCGUCUCGCGCGGUGUUGGGCGCUGGGCGGCCUCUCAUUGGCUGCCGGGGACUCCGGGAGCAGGUCGCUCUCCUUAGUGCUGAAAUCGCUGCUCGUCGCGAUAAUGUGAACGGCGAUGAGGCCAACAGGAGCGCCAGACAAUAAAUACCAAAAUGGACGAUGAUCUGUUUCAGCUGAGACAACUUCCCGUGGUCCGCUUCCGUCAUACAGGAGAGAGCACUCGCUCUGAGGAGGAUGCGGAGAACAGACCUCAGGAUGUCAGAGCGGAGGAUCAUACUGAUCUGGAGUCUGUGGCUCUUGCAGAGGGAGCGCCAGUGCCUCGAGAGUUUGCCAAUCCAACAGACGACACUUUCAUGGUAGAAGAUGCCGUAGAAGCCAUAGGCUUUGGGACAUUUCAGGUGAAGCUCUCCAUCCUCACUGGACUGUCCUGGAUGGCUGAUGCCAUGGAGAUGAUGAUCCUCAGCAUUUUAGCGCCACAGCUGCACUGUGAAUGGAGAUUGCCAAGCCUUGAAGUGGCACUGCUCACGUCGGCGGUGUUCAUUGGAAUGAUGAUCAGCUCCUCUCUUUGGGGAAACAUAUCGGACAAAUAUGGCAGAAAGACAGGUUUGAAGAUGAGCGUAUUGUGGACAAUGUUCUACGGCCUUAUGAGUGCAUUUGCACCCAUUUAUGGGUGGAUCCUGGUCCUCCGUGCGCUGGUUGGCUUUGGCAUUGGGGGGGCACCGCAGUCGGUGACCUUGUAUGCUGAAUUUCUGCCCAUGAGGUCCAGAGCCACAUGCAUCUUACUCAUCGAGAUAUUCUGGGCUCUGGGCACUGUGUUCGAAGUCCUCUUAGCAAUCCUGGUGAUGCCUACUCUGGGCUGGCGCUGGCUUCUUGGUCUUUCCACCAUUCCUCUUUUCAUCUUUGCCAUCCUGUGUUUUUGGCUUCCAGAGAGUGCACGUUAUGAUGUGCUGACAGGGAACCAAGAAAAGGCUCUGGCCACGCUGAAGCGCAUUGCCACAGAGAACAAAGCCCCCAUGCCUCUGGGGAAACUAAUUACUGCCAGACAGGAAGAGCGUGGGAAGAUUCAAGACUUGUUUUCAUCACAAUUUCGUGGGACCACUGUUCUGCUGUGGUUCAUUUGGUUUGCAAACGCCUUCUCCUACUACGGCCUGGUGCUGCUCACCACAGAGCUGUUUCAGGAGGGAGGUGCUUGUGGGAUGUCCAAAGGUAGCAAGAAGGAUCCCAGAUGCAGCUUGGAGUGUAAAUAUUUGAAUUCUGAUGACUAUAAGGAUCUGCUGUGGACAACUUUAUCUGAAUUUCCAGGACUGCUGGUGACAUUGUGGGCUAUUGAUCGACUGGGAAGGAGGAAGACCAUGGCAUUGUGUUUCCUUGUCUUCUCUCUGUGCAUCAUUCCGCUGUACGGCUGUGUUGGAAGAACCUCCAUGACGGUGUUGAUAUUCAUUGCCAGAGCAUUUAUUGCCGGGGGCUUCCAGGCAGCUUAUGUUUACACUCCAGAAGUGUACCCAACAGCAACCAGAGCUUUAGGUCUGGGAACGAGCAGUGGAAUGGCCAGAGUUGGUGCUCUCAUUACACCUUUUGUGGCCCAGGUGAUGUUGGAGUAUUCCGUGUACCUGGCUCUCUCAGUGUACUGCUGCUGCUGCCUCUUUGCUGCCGUCGCCUCCUGCGCACUUCCAAUUGAGACCACGGGCCGAGGUCUGCAGGAAUCCAGCCACCGCGAGUGGGGACAAGAAAUGAUAGGUCACAGCUCAGGAGGACUCACCCGCUCCAGCUCUGGCUCGCAGGGCUGAGGACACGCCCACCGGGUACGCCGCUGAGAGGGGAGGAGGCAGGAAGGCUUGCUUUCUGGGCCCUGUUCUGUGUUUCUUCUGUUUCAACAUCAGGAUGGUAUGAAAGAGCCAUGCAGCACUAUCUUUUAACACUGUACCUAUAGUAUGUAAACACAGCUGCUGCCACAGUGUUUCCACUAUAUAUCUGCACACAGGGUGAUUUUGAGAGACCAAACAACCUAAAAAAUAGUGCAAGAGCAAACAGUGGACUAAAUGGGAAACUUUUCCAAGCGGCGAGAAUUCUAAAGAGAGCGAAAUGUUUGGCUUCUGGUUAAAACUGCUACCUUCUUUAAGAGAGCCUUAAAACUACCUAUUAGGUUGGUUGCUGAUGGGCACACUCUGGACCCAGUGAAAAAGCUGCUUCUAUUUGCAUACUGACCAUAUAUCCAUGUGUAAGAAACAGGAUUGUCUUAUGCGCACAAAUUGCUUGCUGAAAAUGCACAGUGUUAAAAAAAAGUCAAUUUUUUGGGUUAAUGACAGCUUUUCAGGUAAACAAAGCAUUCAGAUCAAAGAAAGUCAUAACAUUUUCUCAUGUGAUGGUCACCUUAGUCUGGUUGAAAGGACAUAGUGUACAGUGAGUCGCAAACCUUUUUCAUAUACACAUCUCAUCAGUCUUUCAGCUGUGUCAGUGUUAUUUUCUACUUCAAUGAGAAGUUUUAUUAAAUCUGGUAACAGAAGUUAGAACAAUGCAGCGGUUUCAUGGUAAUAGUGAGAUCUUUACAUUGUUGUAUGAUUAUAGCAAGCAGAAAUAUUUGCUAAAAUUGUCACCUGAGAAUGGUACAAUAUUAUGCUCCCCAUGAAACUGCUAACAAAGUGCUAUUUAGUUUAGC